AGAAGAUAGACUAUAAUUAUACACUGACAAGUUAAUUAUUAGUAUGGCGUCUACUCCCAGCUCUUCCAGUUCCAUGGGCUCUGGUUCUAAAGUGGACAAAGGAUCUUCUAAGAAAAGUGGUUCCACUCUACAGAAAAUAGCUCAAAAAAAGGAACAGUUACGACUUUAUCCAAGAAUCAAAAAGAUAGAGCGGAUAGCUACUCAUUUAGGCUGUCAGUACAAACUGUGCUCGUGCCAGGCUUGGAAGCCCACUUUCAAUUCCCAGGACAGUAGUUUUCUUCCUUCUCUAGUGGAUGUCUGUCGCACGUGUCAGCAUGCUUUAGACGAUCAUGUUCGUCCGAUCAAAGAUCUCAGUGAUGAUCACCUGGACCGAGUAUUGUUGGUUGUUUACGAUAUGGACAAUAUCCUUCUUCAAAUGAGAAACGAGAAAGAAGACCCAGAUUUAAGAAAAACUUAUGGGUUCCUGUUUAAUUUUCUUCACAAGAGUAUGUUGUUUCCGAAGCUUCCUUCCAUAGCCGGGGAGAAACUGGGAACUCCACCGUUCGAGAAAGUAUCCAUCGCAAAGGCAGUGACAAAUUUUGUGAUGUACAAGUUUGGUAGUUUGAAACAGGCAGAGUGGCAAAUGAUGUAUGACUUGGCCAAGAUGUUCUUGUACUGUUUCAACCACUGGAAACUGGAGACUCCAUCAGUCCACACCAAAAGCACACCCACUGAUGACCAAAGGUUCUACAAGGAAAAUUAUAUAAGAUGGGUGUGCCUCUGCCAUGUACCAGUUUUUUGUGAGAGUCUACCUAAGCACGAUGCCACUCUGAUAUUUGGGCGAACUUUCCUAAGCUCAGUAUUCCUGGUGAUGAGGCAUCAGCUCAUGGAGCGGUUCACUGCAGAACAAGACAAAAUGCUGCCCGAGAAGAGGACGCUCGUCAUCAGCCACUUCCCAAAGUUCUUAGGCUGGUUGCAGGUUGAGAUUUAUAAUGCCAACUCCCCGAUUUGGCGUGAGGAUUUCAACCAGACACCUGAAGCACUUACUGUGCCGUCCCCCGCUGGCUCCUCCAUCACUCCCUCACCCUCUCCAGCAGCUGGCCCUGCCUCUAACUCUAGCAGAAUUGGAGGUGACUAUACUUCCUCUGGGUCAACCAAGGUUCGAGAUAUCACUGUUCCCUCUCCUGCCAGCCUUAAUAGGAUCGUCUCGUCGCCUGGUAGCAUGUCCUUGCCUCAAUAUGCUGGUGAUCCUCUUUAUGAGGAGUCCCCUGGUUCCCACCUCAGUUCCUCCCCACACUUUGAGGACUCAGUUAGAACCACCCAGCCUUUGUCUGGACCCACUACCGCACUGGAGACACCCAGCCCUAGCAAAAGACCCAAAAUUGAAGGACGUGAUGCAAUGGAGGUUGCAAGGGAGAUUGUUGAGACUGUGACUGACCCCAGUGCUAUGAUAGGACCAGAGACCGGUUUUUUCAAUGACCAAGUGUCUAGAGACUAUGCUGCCAAGCAAGAGGAGAAGAAGGGGCUGCUGUGGUUCCAGAUUUUGCACAACUCUCUUGCCGCCCCUCCCCCUCCACAACAUCACCUCUGGCUUCUGGGACUCAAGAGUGUUUUUUCCUACCAGCUUCCUAGGAUGCCCAAGGAGUACAUCACUCGGCUCGUUUUUGAUCCAAAACAUCAUUCACUCGCUCUUAUCAAAGAAAACAGGGUUAUCGGAGGCAUCUGCUUCAGAGUGUUUCCCUCGCAGCAAUUUGCAGAGAUUGUGUUCUGUGCUGUUACUUCUAAUGAGCAAGUCAAGGGUUAUGGUACUCACAUGAUGAACAAUCUGAAAGACUACUGCAUUCGACACAGUAUUCUUCAUUUGUUAACUUAUGCUGAUGCGUAUGCUAUUGGAUACUUCAAGAAGCAGGGUUUUUCCAAGGACAUCAAGCUCCCACGAUCAGCGUACCUAGGAUAUAUCAAAGAGUAUGAAGGAGCUACCCUUAUGGAGUGUGAGCUGAAUCCGAGAAUCCCUUAUACACAGUUUUCGUCCAUCAUCAAGAAACAGAAGCAGGUGGUUCAUCAGCUUAUCGAAAGAAAGCAGACUGAGAUAAGGAAAGUGCACCCAGGGCUCACUUCCUUCAAUGACCGAACUAGGAAGAUAAAAAUCAGUGACAUUCCAGGAAUACUGGAAACUGGAUGGAAGCCAUCAGAAAAUGAUCCAAGGUCAGCACAACAGCUUCGCCUUGAGAAUGACCACGAGAAACUUACUGCAAUGCUUGGACACAUUCUCAAGCAUGUCAAGACCCAUUCAAGUUCAUGGCCGUUUUUGGAGGCAGUGGAUGCCACCCAAGCACCCCAGUACUACGAAAUAGUCAAAUUCCCCAUGGAUCUUGAGACGAUGUCAAAACAGUUGCUGUCUGGCUACUACUCAACUGUGAGGCUGUUUGUCGCGGACAUGAUUAGGAUCCUGACAAACUGCAAGCUGUACAAUGAGAAGACCACUGACUAUUACAAAUGUGCCAUUAUCCUAGAAAAAGUGUUUUAUAGCAAGAUGAAGGAACAUAAUCUCAAUACUGAGUUGAAUUGAACAUUAUUAUAAUUAAAAAAUUAUUAUUGUUUUAA